UUAUAUAUAUAUAUAUAUAUAUAUUUAUAUACGUGUUUGUUUUGGUGGUGGUAGUUGAAUUUUCGUUACCAUUACAACCACACUACCACUACUACCACCACUUCGUCGUUAGACUCCUACUUACAAGCCACCCACAUGAAGAUGCGCAAAUGUUGUCAUGCUCAGGUGGAGAUUGGUUUUGGAAUCAGCGAAGCCGACCACUACACCGACAAACAUUCUGGGAUGGCACGGAAAAGAAUUCUCUUCAGCUGAAUCUUCCUUCUUUAUUUUCUUCUGUUUAUAAUUUGCGACAGACAAGGAUAUUUUAUACGUGUGUGUAAAUGUUAUAUAUAUAUAUAUAUAUGCCAAAUAGAUUUUGCAUAUAUAUAUAUCUGUAAUAACUCUGAGGGAAAAAUAAACCGCAUACUCUGAAAAUGAUAAUCAGAUAAUGAAAAAUUACUAAAAAUAUUGAACUUGCUCGUUCACGCACAAAUCGAGGGAUUUAAAAAGAAAAAAAGGAAAUAGAAAACAAAAAGGAUAGAUAAACAAGAAAAGAGAAAGCGAAAGAGAAACCAAGCGGACGAUGUUCGGUUGAAAUACGUGUCAUUUUAUACGUCCAUAUAAAAUGAGUUGAUUAUUACACGUUGUGGAAAAGUUAUAUAUAUAUAUAUGUGAGUGUGUGUGUCAUAUAUAUGUGCAUCUAUAUAUAUACAUAUUCUAUCGGAAUAUUCAUGCGCAUAUUAUGUGAUUGAUAUUUCUUGUUCAGAAGAGAGCUCAUUGCUAAACAAAACUUGCUCUUUCGCCUACCACUUUCAAUACAUCCGUACAGUCAUUCAUUUCAUAUGUAUUUUCGUCUUUUUUUUAUCUGUUUGCUUCAAUGACCCUGUUUCUUACAUUGGAUUGAAUGCUUGUUUCGUUCGAUCGCCAAUCUAUUUCUGAAAGAAAAAGAAGCUAAAAAGGAUAAACAAAAACAGCUGUGGGGGAUUUUUUUUUAACGUUCAGAUCAUACUACAUCUAUUCUAAUUUGAUCUAUCACAUCAAAAAAAAAAAAAAACCCGUCCUUUAUUUUCUUCUCCCUCUCUUUUCUCAAUAUCUAUUUAUGUAACCAAGAAUAAGAAUGAUAAAAUUAUGAAAUAACCGACAAGUAUUUGUGUGUGUAUAUUUCUCUCUACAUUUGAAGCGAAAGGGUAUGUGAAAAUGAAAUAACGUGAGUGGAUUUUUUUCAAACCAAUACUCAUCCAAGUGAAUCAGGAAGAAAAAUAUAUAAAUAUAUUGCAAAGUUUUUUUUUUGCUUUUUUUUUCCUGAAGCAAUUACACCACUAAAGGAUCUUGAAAUUGUGAAAGCUCCCUCAAAACUGCUAGAAAUAAUUCAUAAGUCGGAAGUGAAACUAUACCUGCUUAACGGAUAAUUUGUCUUUACAUACAUUUAUACAAACACACACACACACAUUUCCUGGUGUUAUUUAAGCUUGUUUUUUUGAGUGACAUCCAGUUGGCAUGAAAAUAAUAAUAAUAAUUUUCCCGACAAAAAAGUAUAAAACAGCAAUAAACUGUUAUACUACGACUAUUCCAUAAUAUAGACCUUUUAGCUUUCUAAAACUAGCAUCCUUGCUUAAGAUUCCGGACAGAGGGGAAGGAGUACAUUCAUUCAUACUGGAAACGGAUACCCUACCUAUUUACCAUUUCUAUCUAUCACUAUCUGUUUGUCUGUCUGGCUGUCAUUCAUUUAUUCAAUCAUUAUAUAGUGUGAUUUAUUCAGCACAAGCGAGAAAAUCUAGAAAAGGAGUAAAGUACACUAAUUUACUAAUAGAUACUUCCCUUGUGUUAAGGUUGUUGUUGCUACUACUAUUCUUAUUGUUGUUUAUUCCCACUACCACCCCUCGUUUGUUUUAUAUUAUGUAGUAAGCCUAAUUAGAAAUGUAAAUGUUAUUUAUCAAUUAUCUCCAUUCUCGAUUCUGAUCUAAUUUAUUAAUUUGUAUCAACUUAAAAACAAAAAAAAUAAUAAUUAAGUCCAAAUCGAACCCCACCCAUGCAAAGCUUGUAAAAAUUUACAUUUCUAAAUUGUAAAACGUCGCUUUUAACCUUGUCUAUUAUUUGUCUGCAACGAAAGAAUAAGCUAUCAGAUGAUUUUAUAUUUAGUAUCAUUAAUUAUCGAUAUGUGGUUUUCACAACACAUUUGAAAAUUCCAUGCCAUAGACUUUAGUGUAGUCAGCUAUUACUACUAUCACUUAUAACUUUACAUAAUCUUCAAUGUUUUUUUUUCUUAAUUAAUUAGAAUAAUAAUGUAAUAAGAAAACUGCAAUUAAAUUAUUCCUAAAACUUGAACAUCUCGUGUAUCUGAAUGAAAAUAAUUAUAUAUUUAUACUGUAUGUAGGUAGGAAAUCGAUGAUAGAAAGAUUCCCUUCAGUUUUAUGCAAAUAUUUCAUGAACCAAACACUUGUAUAUUGAUUCCUUGGAACAGUUUGUAACAAGAGCUAGUGUAGUGUAGUUGUAUCAAAUUAUAUACAUACAUAUUAUAGGUAUAUCAGUUUACUGUUUAAUAUACAAAAACCUAAUUCAUUUAUUAUUCACGACCACACCAAUACACACACACAUUUAUAAUCGACAUAUACAGACUUUGUGUAAAUAUAUAUGUGCGUGUGUAUCUCAUUAAAAGAGUAUAUAUUAUAACAAGGUUAGAUUUGUUUAGAAAAACAAAAAAAGCAAUUAGCAUUCAGUUCAAAUUAAAAACAAUAAUAAUAUUAGGGGGGAUAUAUUCUGAUCAGUGUUUUUUUAUUCUCCUGUCAGCCAAUGUUGCUUUUGUUGAAUUCUCUGUGAUUGACCAGAAGAAUUAAAUGUUCCGGUCUUAACGACCCAGUUUAGAAAUUCUUAAAAUGUGAUUUCUAUUCUCAACCUUUCCCACUCUAUCUACUUUUCCCCCCUCUCUUUAUCACUCUCUUCCUCUUUUAUUUCUUUGAGCAAUUCAUGCCGCCGUCGUUAACAAGGGCAGCGGAUAGAAGACACGAUCCACACACUAUUUAAUAACUCCUUGAGGUUUUUCUUUAAUCCUUUUGAGAUUUUAUUUUCAAAAACGUUCUGCUCAAUCUCUCUAUCUCUUUCUCUUUUGCCUUCACUCCUUCUCUCUCUCUCUCUCUCUCUCUCUCUCUCUCUUCUCUCUCUCUCUCUCUCUCUCUCUGGAAUUAGCAUUUGAGUGUGACUCGUUAUAUUUCCUUUCAGUGCCUACCAAUUUAUAUAUUAUUAUAGAACACACUAUAUCUGCCUAUCUUUAUCCCCAACGAGAAACUUAACGAAACCUUUGUACACGAGAUAAAUUUCUUAAAUAGGAUUUCAUGACCGUUUGGUAGAAGAAUUUAAGGUCAAUUAAUAAUCAUAAUAAAUUACGCCUCCGACCGAAAGCAUUGGUGUACUAAAAUACAACCGCAAACAUUCAAAGAAAACUAGAAGAAAUCAAACCAUGUGAUAAAAACAAGCCAGAAUUCUAUCUCGGUAGUGAAAGAUGCCAAUGUAAUUCAUGCUCAUCGGAAAGCAGUAGGGUUAUAUCUUGUCGAGCGUGUACAUGUGUCUGGACAGUGUGGGGCAAGUGGAAUAAUAUGUCGACUAUACGUAGGGCUUAUAUGGAAUUGUCGAAUGGGAUCAGGGGCCUUCGUUUACAUAGGGACCAGACUCCUCAGGCUUCGGCAUCCACUUCGUCAAAGGAUGCUUCGAUUACGACACAAAUUCCUUCGUUAAUCUCAUCUAAGUCAACCGUGCCCAAUACUUUGUCUUCAACAACUGGGGUUGGAGGCAAAAUCUUGCGUCUUUCGAAACCAAACCAGACCUACAACAGCAAUGUUAUUAACACGUCGUCUUCUUCAACCUCUUCGACUGUAUCAUCAGUUGCCAUUCGAAGGAUGCGAAUAUUAAAUGGGCGGUAUAGCCCCACAUCUGUCCAAGAAUUAUUUUUAGACGAGAAAUUUCUGUCCCGCUUCUUUUCGUAUUUUUCGCCUCAGGAGAAAGGUGACUUAGCACGAGUGUGUAAACGAUGGAGAAAUAUUCUAUAUAACGUGUGUUACUGGACAGAUGUCAUACCUGUUAUAUCAUGUCGAAAAUGGUGUAACGAUGUAGAAGGCAGAAAUAAAUUUUUCGAAAGCCUAAUUCUGCGAGGCUUUGACUCGAUAUGUUUAUUUGGGGCGACAGACGAAGAUAUUCAGGACUUUGUUAACAAUUUCCCCCCUUGUAGGAAACAAAUUCGGUCUAUCAGUGUACGUUGUUCAAAUGUAACGGAUGUCGGGCUCGAAUUGAUGUUUAAGAAAAUGACUUCUGUUUAUCGUUUGGAACUUUCUGGUUGUAAUGAAAUCACAGAGACAGGUUUGUGGUCGUGUUUGAACCCCAAAAUUGUCUCACUUUCUGUAAGCGACUGCAUCAAUGUAGCAGACGAUACGGUCGGCGCCAUAGCACAGUUACUUCCGUCUCUGUACGAACUUAAUCUUCAAGCCUACCAUGUUACAGAUGCUGCUCUUUCUUUCUUCAGUGCCAAACAGAGCUAUACCUUAUGCAUUCUUCGUCUGCAGUCGUGUUGGGAAAUUACUAAUCACGGUAUAGUAAAUAUUGUACAUUCGUUACCAAAUCUUACCGUCCUCAGUCUAUCAGGCUGCAGUAAAAUAACAGAUGACGGAGUUGAACUUAUAGCGGAAAAUCUUCGGAAGUUACGCCUUUUGGACUUAUCUUGGUGUCCUAAAAUUACCGACGCCUCUUUGGAAUAUAUUGCUUGCGAUUUAAGUCAACUACAAGAACUUGUUUUGGACAGAUGUACUCAUAUAACCGACAUAGGAGUGGGUUACUUAUCUACGAUGACAUCAUUGAUCAAACUCUACCUAAGGUGGUGUACACAGGUGCGAGAUUAUGGUCUUCAACAUUUGUAUUCUAUGAGAAAUCUGCGGUUGUUAUCUUUGGCAGGUUGUUCACAAGUAACAAGUCAUGGACUCUGCGGACUGGUGAAUCUUCGUAACCUCGAAGAAUUGGAGCUGACAAACUGUAACAGUGCCACGGCAGACCUCUGUCAAUAUCUCCGUGACAAUAUUUCUGGCUGUUUAGUCUUAGAAUAACCAACUUUGUUUUUGUUUUUUUUUUUUGUUCUUUUUUUUUUCUAUGUGACUUUCUUCAUUAUAUUCCGCCUUGCCCUGUCUCCCUUUCUUCUGAAAAAAAAAAACACGAAAAAUAAUAAAACAUGCCAUCUCUCUCCAUUCCACAACAUAUCCUCAAUUAUUAUUAUUAUUACUA